AUGUGGGUAAUUAAAUCGUUGCGGCCAUUUUCUCGUGCUGGGAGCAGAAUAUGCAGUCGUUUUCACGACACCCUUGACCAGCUCACGGGCAUCGAGAAACGAGAACUCCUUGCUCAUAUGGCUGGAGAGUGUGAUCCGUUUCGAAUUAUGGCCAUCAAAAAAGGGCCAGGUACUUGGGAGAGGCCGAAUCUCAUCCCGAGUGCGUUCAAGAAACGUCUGGUAGGCUGCGUCUGUUAUCCUGAUACAAACCACAUAGAAUACAUGUGGAUACAUCUCGGCGAACCGAAGCGAUGCGGUUGCGGCUACUGGUUUGAAUUGUGUCCUAUCGCACCGCUUUAA